GAGAACAAAUCAACAGCGAGAAAAUAAGUUGGUGUCCUGACGUUGCCUCAAAGCCAACCAAUCCAGUUCAAACAUUCAAGAGGAGGCUCUUCAGUUUGGAGCAGCGUUAGUCACAGCAGACACAAGGCGAAAGCUAAGAAGCAUGUCUCCAGAGGAUGAACUCCAAAGUCCCCCCCUUGGAUUCAGCUCUGAUCUCACUCUGAGUCGUGGUGAUCUAGACAGCAGUCAUGAUCCCGAGAGAAGGAUCGGGGCAUGGAGCAGCCUCCAAACAAGAACCCCAGAGUCUGGGAUCAUCUGCCACGGAGACUCAACCAAUAGAAGGAGCCCUUUCCUGAAAACCCUGAUGGAUGCAGAAGCAGCUGCCACCUCUGCAGCAAUACAGCUCGUGUCUUUUAAAGAUGCCAUGGAAGAUGAAUUUGCUGAUUCGAGGCAGUCUGUGAAAGACAAGUGCAGAGCUGCAAGACAAAGAGGACUUUUGCUGGAGAAGUUGGAGGAUUUUAGACGAAUAAAUAAAUCUGUGCGACAGAAGCUGAAACAGCUGCAAGAUGCAGAGGCUGAUCGAAUUAAUGCGGACCAACAGAUUGAUGUCUUACUAAAGAGGAUCACACAGGCUGAAAGUGAAAAUGAGCAUUUAAAAAAAGAUUUUAAUGAGAGUGAGAGAAAAAUCAAGGAGCUGAUGAAUUUGCGGAGAGAAGAGCAGGAGAACAUAAAAAGUGCAGUUCACAUGUCCAAGGCUGUGGAGGAAACUCGUGCUCACCUGCAAGGCCAGCUGCGCAACAAGGAAGCUGAAAACAAUCGUCUGACUGUACAGUUACGGACUCUGGAGAGAACUCUGACUGAGCAGAAGAUGGAGAUAAAUGAUCUGAAAGGGUCCAUCACCUCUCUGACAGAAAAGGCAGCACAGGACAAAGAAUCUCUGAAGAAAGCCACAAGAGCACAGAAACUGAGAGCUGAGAGAUUUGAAGCUGCUAUUGAGAAAUGCUAUACACAGCUGAGGGAAAAGGACGCUCAGCUGGCCAAAGCCCAUUCAGAAAGAGACUCCAGGAGACGGCAGAAGGAGCAAAUGACAGAUGAGAAAGACAGACUUGUUGCUCAUAUAGAACUGUUGGAAAGUCAAAUUGCAGACUUGACAGUGAGGCUGCAGAAGCAGAGGGAUGAGCUAAGUGCAGCAAAUGAAACUGUAAUGCAACGCGUUGAAAAACUCAGUGCUGAAAAUGGAGAUCUCAGCGUCAAUAAUGCAACACUCAAGGCAUCCAUUGCUCAGUUGGAGCAGCAGCUUGCUGAUUGUGAGUCUGCCCUCAUAGAGGAGAAAAUUGUCUCUCAGGAGAGGAAACAUGAAGCUGAACAGCACCAAUGUCAGGUUGCAGAGCUUCAAGCUGAGAGAGAUGAUUUAAGGAUAAAAUAUGCAAAUCUUGCAAGAGAAACAGAGAAGACACAAGAUGGAAAAGAGAAAGAAUUUGAGAAGGUGAAGCAGGAGCUGCAGGGGCGUGUGGACGAACUGAAGUCUUAUCCUGAGUUACUGAGUGCAGCUGAGCAGAGUCUCUUCGAGUGCCAGGAGAACCUGCAACGCUCGGAGCGGAAGUGCUCAGAAAAGUCAGAGUCCGUUAGACAACUGCAGGUUAAGAUGGAGAGUCAAACCCAAAUGCUGAGAUCAUCUGUGGAGAUGAAAGAGUCCAUUCAUGAGAACAAUUUACAGCUACAAGAAAGCAUAAAUUCUCUCCAAAGGAAGAUGGAGAACGUGCAGCAGGAGAACCUGGAGCUUGUACGGAGGCUCGCAGCUCAGGAGGAAGCUCUCAGCUACAGUAACCGGCAGCUGGACCAUCGUUCAUCAGAGUGUCAGGCCCUCAGCCGGCAGCUGGAUGCAGCUUUGUCAGACGUCAGACAGCAGGUCGAUAAGGUGAAAGACCAGGCUGUUUCCAGAGAGGAGGCCCUUCAGACAAAAAUCCUUGAGCUGGAGGCUGAGAAGAGCAGAAGGGAUAACGAGCUGAGGCUUCUUCGCCAGAGCAAGCUCACUGCAGAGAAACAGUUUGAGGUGCGUCUGAAGGACCUGCAGCUCAGCCUGGACCAAUCAGAGAGCCACAAACGAAGCAUUCAGAACUAUGUUGACUUCCUCAAAAACUCGUAUAAGACCAUGUUUGAUGAAGGACUACAAACAUCAGGUUUUGGAUCAUCAUACUUUCUAAAAUGAUGAAGGUUUGAUUUUCAAUCUUUGUUUUUGUAUUUUUUAUAUUUAAUAAACUUAUUUAAGAAUUGGGAUGGAAGAACUUUCAGGAGAAGAAAAAGCAGAUUUCUGAUAGAUUUGGGCUUACAUUUAGCUUUUGUGACUGUGAACUCUUAGUGCUACCCAUAAGACAAAUAGUCAGUUGCAUACAUAUUGUUUAGGACAGGCCUAACUUUUGAACUUGUUAAUAAUAUGUUCCCUUUCUAACUGUGACUUCAGAUUGGCAGAGACCUCCUUGUAACAGCUCUAUGUUUGAUGAGCUGAUCGCCUCCCUAAACAAUUUGGCAAAUAUUUAGUUUGCUGUGGAAGCCUUAAGAAAGCAGCUUUGCAUUUUCCACUCAAUUCAGACAGGAAAACUUGUCAAGUCUUAUUGUUGAUGCUGUAUGUAAAAACAUUCUGAAAGCAAUUGUUAGCCGAUAUUAGUGGUGCUUGAAAACCGAACAUUAUGUGGGUGCUGAGGUCUGUGCUGUGAAGCAGGAGGAUUUGAGGUUAGCGAAGAAAUUUCAGGUGUAAUUCUGUGUUUUUUGCACAAUGAUGGUGGUUCACUUCUUGCUGGGGAAAAUUGCCAUGGCAAUUUUCACUGCACACCUCCUCUAGUCCAGAGCAGGUUAUGUUCCAAAUAACAGAUCAGCGUGUAUUAAAACGUCACCUACUGACUGGAAAAUGACUUCAUCAUUCCUGGAAGAUCCUGUGGAGUUGGUGUGCAGAUAGCGAGAGAGGAAGAUGAGAGUGCAGCUUUGUAUUUCUUGACUUUGUAAGAUUUGCAGUUUAAGAUUUGCGGUAGUUUAAGUAAGUUGAACAUAAAACCUACAUCACCUAAAAAACAUGUUACAGAUCUUGCCUUAUAUGAGACAGUGAUAUUGAUGAGCUUAUUAACUUAUGUUCACAUAGUCAGCACUUACACUGGAAAAAAUGCCCCUCUUAAAACAAACAAAAAAAAAACUUAUUUCAAGGAACUUUUACCAUGAAAUAAGUGGAAAAAAAAAAAUCUGCCAAUAGAACAAGUGAAAAAUGGCUUGGUAAGAUUUCUUGAAAUAAGAUAUGAUAUUUAGAAUAUUGAGAUCUUAAAAUUAGCUGGGAAAACUUAUUUUAAGCUAUAUUUUACCAGGAUAUUCAAGCUUAGAUGUCUUAAAAUAAGCCAGACAUGCUUAAAAAAAAUAGUAGUUUGUCACUCAAAAAUAGAUUUUUGCUUUCAUGUAACCUCCUAAUUUGAGAUGUUUUAACCUCCCUGUUGUCCUCAUUUAUGGGCACCAAAAAAUAUUGUUUCCUUGUCUGAAAAAAAUCAGCAAAAAAAUCCCCAAAUUUCUGUAAAUUUGCAAAACUGAACUGAACUGUUUUGUUUGCAAAACAGGAAGAAAAUUUCAAUAAUUCCUUCAAAGUUCCCCUUAAAGGUUUUAUUUUUUUAAAAAGUCCCCCAAAUUUGACAAGAAAAUUCUUGUAAAUAUUUUCAAAAAUGAGUAAAAAUCUUCCAAAAAAAUCCUAAAAAUAUCUAAAAUGAUUACAUAUACAUAAGUAAAAUUUCUGAUAUUUUCUUUAAGAACAUUCACAAAAAAAUCAACCAAAAUCCAGUGAAAUUCACUGGAUUUUGAUUGAUUUUUAUGUGAAUGUUUUUAAGAAACUUUUUUUUUUCCACCAAAAAAUGUUCAAAGAUUUCCCAAAAAUGUUGAAAAUGUGGACAUCAGAAGUUUCACUGUGAAAAUAUAUUUUUUUCCACAUUUUCAGACUUUAAAACGGGUCAAUUUUAUCCUGCAGGAUGACACGAGGGUUAAACUUAUUUUGAGUUUUCUUGUAAAAUUCAACUCAAAACAAGAUAGUUUCAAGAUUGUUUGACUUAACAAGAUAUUUAAGAUGCAUUGUCUUAAAACAAGUCCCUCCAUCUUGCUGAAAUGUCUCUUGUUAAGUGAAUUUAUCUUAAAUCGAGUGGGAUGAGACAUUUUGACUAAAAAUAAGACACAGACUUGGUAAGAUUUUGAGUUUUUGCAGUGUAUUUCUCGACUUUUCUUCCUGGUGUUGGCUGCAGCAGCUGUGUUGCUUUGAACCUGUGUCAUAGUUUUAAAUUCUUCAUAUUGGUUUGGGAUUACAGUUUGUCCUCUUGUGAGAAAUAUGUGGCUCUAAACAUGUCCAUGUUUGGUCAUCUGGUGCCAACACCUCCUCUUCGUGUCAACACCCUCAUAACCAGUUUGAGAAACCCUGGGCUGACUUACCCAGUUGAUCACCAGCUUCGUGAGACUGCUGAGCCUGACAGCGGUUGUUGGGUGUAGUGAAGCCCGAUACCCCACAGAUAUACUGUGUAAGAUGAGCCUGCUUUUCAUAGCACAGGCCUCUGAUGUCCCAACCUUGUUUACCUGUUGAAUGUGAACAUGAAUUAUGCUCUAACUUUGCUACAUUUCAAAUCAUCUUAAAUGUCCUACUCAACAAGUGACAUAUCAUUGAAAUCCUGCUGAUGUUGUCAACAAACUUUUUUUUUUUGUAGCGAUGGUAGAAAAGGUGUGGUGUAUAAUGGAUCAUCUUUUGUUCUGAUUCUCAGCUGGACUGAGAUUAAUUAAGCUGAGAAUCGGUUUUCCAGCUGUCAGUAGAGAAGCUCAUGCCCGUAGGUUGCAAAUAUAAUUGCGGAGGUACAUAAAACUCUGGAAUAUUUCCCAGCCACUUUAAACUCGGUAACUGGCGGACUGUAAUGCUUUUGUAAUGGAGGUUUUAUCUCACUGAAGCUUAGGGGCAAACACAAGAUCUCAGGUAUCCGCUGCUGCAUGAGUCACAUGCGAGACUGAACCAUAGUUGUAUGUUCUUCUUCCACCAUUGUUGCUUUUGGUUCUCUACUGUAUCUAUGGCAAUAAACUACUGAGUGCAGA